UAUGUUUAAAGUGAAAUUUUACAUGCAUGUUCAAUUGAUAUACUCUUGUCUGUCUGAACACCAUGUAACUGUGGCCAUGGAUAGUGUCAAUAUAAAUGGGUAUAAUUUAGCAUCUUACACCUAUAGAUCUAGGAUGGAUAAAGGAGGAGUAGCCAUUUUCAUAAAACAAGGGUAUAAUUGCAAAACUGUAGAAGUAAGAAAAUUUUGUGUUGAUCAGCACUUUGAGGUUUGUGCAUGUGAACUUCUGCUAGAUAAUGUAGUACUGAUAUUAGCAACAGUGUAUAGGUCCCCAUUAGGAGACUGGGAGCUGCUCAUAAAAAAAAGUGUGACUCCCUAUUAUGCUGUCUGUCAGACAAAAAGAAGUAGUUUCAGUGUAAACUUUCUAAGUAACAGGGUGUAUAGGAUCUGGGAUAAACCGGGGAAUUUUUCAUUGUUUUAGUUUUCAGUUAAGUUUCUGUGACUCUGACGGGUAAGAACCAAUACUCUAACAAAGCAUAUUACUGUAUCCCGCUUCUGCAGUAUUAUGUUGCAGCAACAAAACAUAAACGGGAGAAAAAAAAUGAAAAUAAAACUUAAGUCGCAAAAGAAAUACGCCAAAUACAACAAUAAAACACAGUAAAUUCACCAUCUUUGCUGAUGACCCUACGCUACUGGUUGAUAACUCAGUGGAUGAACUUGAGGUGACAGCUAAUAAGGUUUUUAGUGAUAUUGUGAACUGGUUUAAUGUAAAUGGUCUUUCUAUUAAUCACAGUAAAACAAACUAUGUCCAGUUUCGGACAGUCUCUAAAGAAGAUGAACAAGAACAAAAACUAGGUGACAUGCAGAUAGCUAAGGUCGAUAGUACAAAGUACCUUGGCUUACAUAUAGAUAGCAAACUAAACUGGUCAAACCACAUCUUGGAUCUCUGCAAAAGGCUGAAUUCGGCAACUUAAGCUUUACGCAUUAUCUGCUCUUACAGAAAUACGGAAACCAGUAAAUCAGCUUAUUAUGGUUAUUUUCAUGCCAUUAUGGCAUAUGGAAUCAUAUUCUGGGGAAAUCAGCCACUUGCUAGGAAAGUGCUAUCUGCACAGAAAAGAGCCAUAAGACUCAUGAGUGGAGCCCACCCUAGAGCCACAUGCAGAAAUCUUUUUAAAGAACUUCAAAUCUUCACAUCCAUUGCACAAUAUAUAUUCUCCUUGAUGUGUUUCAUAAGGAAAAAAAAAGCCCCUCUUCAAACCUAAUAGUGUUUAUCAUAAUCAUGAUACUAGAAGAACAAGAUGAUAUCCACUAUGAGCAUGCAAACCUGAGUAAGGUACAGAAGGGGGUCCACUUCAGUGGUUGUAAGAUUUUUAAUGUCCUCCCUUCACAAAUUAAGGGUUUAGUAGAUGAUGAGUUCUCGUUUAAGAAAAGCUUAAGGCUGUUCCUAUUGCAAGGGUCAUUUUAUACUAUAGAAGAGUUCCUGAACCAUGAUGAAUAGUACCCUAGUACCUGUACGGAUAAGUCUCAGAUACAUUUCCCACUCUUCGUUUGUGAUCCUGUAUAUUUAUUACUCGUCAACAUCUUAAGUUUUCAGUAGUAUAUUUUCUGUAUGUACGUGUGUAGAGUCUGUAAUACUUAACUUUGUAACAUUUAUUUUUUUGUGAUUUUAAUUUGUAAUGUUAAUCUAAGCCAUAUAAUUGUAAUAUGAAUAAUAGCAAUACUUACAAAAUACCAUAAAAAGUUUGUAAAACUGACACGUUCCAUAUCCUGUGAUGAAUUCACAACAUGGAUCACUGGAACACGAAAUAAAUAAAUAAAUAAAUAAAUAAAAUAAAUCAUACAAGCACUUUGCCAACUGCAAAGUGUGUCAAAGGCUUUGGGAACACUAUGCAAUGCUUCCUAACAACAAAUUGUCACCAAUGAUCGUGACGUCACAACUGUUUACUCUAGAUUUGUUUGAGCAGUUGCGGGCCGGCCCUUGUGCGUGUGCAGUUUAGUGACGUAUGAGAAGUACCUUUCCCCACUUCUCACUACAGACAUGUGGCUGGGCGCUACUAUUGCCCCAGUUCGGAAAUGUCGGAGAUCCGGGGCUGAUUCACAGAGCGUUCUACAAGGUGCAUUAAAGUUCUAAGGCCUCCAAUUUUUUUUCUCCGGACUGGAAAGCGAUAGAAACAUGCGUAUUGUUUUAAAAUGAGGCCGCGUUCAUUGUCAAUACGUCCCAGAGAUCGCAGCACUGUACGGCAGAUAGAAUUUUACCGCCAGCGGCGAGAAUGAGAACUGUUUUAAAUACUUAAAAUGGCGACGUUUUCCUUUCUUGAACAGUGUGCAAUCAUUCAUUUUCUGAAUUUGCGUGGUGUGAAACCAAUUGAAAUUCAUUGACAGUUGAAGGAGACAUUUGGUGAUGGAGUUAUGGAUGUGUCGAAAGUGCGCUCGUGGGUGCGACAGUUUAAUGAAGGCAGAACAUCGUGUGACAACAAACCGAAACAACCUCGGGCUCGCACAAGCCGGUCUGACGACAUGAUCAAGAAAGUGGAGAGAAUUGUUUUGGGGGAUCGCCGAAUGACUGUUGAACAGAUUGCCUCCAGAGUUGGCAUUUCUGUGGGUUCUGUGCACACAAUCCUGCAUGAUGACCCGAAAAUGCGAAAAGUGUCAUCCAGGUGGGUGCCACGAAUGCUGACGGAUGACCACAUGGCUGCCCGUGUGGCAUGUUGCCAAGCACUGUUGACGCACGACGACAGCAUGAAUGGGACUUCCUUUUCGUUGGUUGUGACAAUGGAUGAGACGUGGAUGCCAUUUUUCAAUCCAGAAACAAAGCGCCAGUCAGCUCAAUGGAAGCACAGAGAUUCACUACUACCAAAAAAAUUUUGGGUAACCACCAGUGCUGAUAAAUGAUGGUGCCCAUGUUCUGGGAUAGCGAGGGCGUAAUCCUUACCCAUUGCGUUCCAAAGGGCACUACGGUAACAGGUGCAUCCUAUGAAAAUGUUUUGAAGAACAAAUUCCUUCCUGCACUGCAACAAAAACGUCCAGGAAGGGCUGCGCGUGUGCUGUUUCACCAAGACAACGCACCCGCACAUCGAGUUAACGUUACGCAACAGUUUCUUCAUUAUAACAACUUUGAAGUGAUUCCUCAUGCUUCCCUACUCACCUGACCUGGC